CAUACGAUAGCUCACCAGUGAGGAUACAAAUACAGUAACAUAAAACAUUCCUUUUUUAAAACAGUCAAUAAACUUCUGUUCAAUAGAAACAUGAAAUUGUACGGAUUUCUUGUUUCUACAUUGAUUGUGAUCUGCGCCUUCAGUGCAUGUGCUGUGAAAGGAUGGCCUGUUACCAAUCCAGAGGUAGUGGACAGUCUUAUAUUCGCCGAUCCGGAAGAGGCAGCACAAUCGAUGAGAGAAAUCCCCCAGUGGCAUUGCUUGCGAUAUUUCAAGCAUGACAUUCAUCUCAUGCGCCGCUGUAGGAACUACCGGCUACACAUGCUACGUCGGCCAACAGAUACAAUGUAAUGCAUUAUUAAGAACAGUCAACCCUCAUCUACGGUAGAAAUGUUCCGAUGCGUGUAGUUUGUGUUAGAGCAUUUAGAGUAGCAUUUGAGAUUGUUUGCUACUUCCUUUUAUAGACGUGUCUUUAAUCAUCGUACAGUUCAUUCAAAAAUACCUAAACUUGCAACAGGAACACACAACACAGAUAUGAACAUGGCCGUAAAAACAAACUUCCCCAUAUCUAAAAACAUUCAACUAGGAACUGCCUGUGUUCAAAAUGGAAUAAUUAAAAUGUAAAUAAUAGAAGGAAAAAAAACUUAGCAGAACUCGUUACAUUAUUAUACAAAAUUCAAGCUACUGUCCGUAUUCCCAGCAAGGCAUGUAUUAGUCUUAGUUUAUCAAAAGACCAAUAUUCUUUUUAAAAGCUCUACUGCAACUUAUAAAACUACUCAAAGAUCCAUUUAAAUGGCAAAAAAUACUGCCCCAUUGUGUGCACCAAACAUCGGCUAACAAAAGAAAACCGCUUACAAUCGCUAGAGCCAUGAGUGCUAAAGGGCCAUGUUGAUAAUUUUGGGAUAACAUAGAGAAGUAAGUGCAUAGUCAGAUGUAUAGCAGAAGAGCACACACAAAACGUUUAACAAAUAAUAAAAGGAAUUCAAAACUUCACUACUUCAACUAAAGUAUCUAAACUUAAACUAUAACUUAUUAGCAUAAACAUGUGGUCCAUAUUUGAACGAGUUCAACAAGUGGUUGCUUAAU